AUGGAGCACACCGCGGUGCUCAAGCCGCGGACACUGGCCGAUCUGAUUCGCAUCCUGCACCAGCUCUUCGCCAGCGACGAAGUCAACGUAGAGGAGGUUCAGGCUGUCCUGGAAGCCUAUGAAAGCAACCCCGCCGAGUGGGCCCUGUAUGCCAAGUUCGACCAGUACAGGUAUACCCGCAAUCUUGUGGAUCAAGGGAAUGGGAAAUUUAACCUGAUGAUUCUGUGUUGGGGUGAAGGACAUGGCAGCAGCAUUCAUGACCACACGGACUCCCACUGCUUCCUGAAGAUGCUUCAAGGAAACCUAAAAGAGUCCUUAUUUGCCUGGCCUGACAAGAAAUCCAAUGAGAUGAUCAAGAAGUCUGAAAGAACUCUGAGGGAAAACCAGUGUGCCUACAUCAAUGAUUCUAUUGGCCUACAUCGAGUGGAAAACAUCAGCCACACAGAGCCCGCUGUGAGCCUUCACCUGUAUAGUCCACCUUUUGAUACGUGCCACGCCUUUGAUCAAAGAACAGGACACAAAAACAAAGUCACCAUGACAUUCCACAGCAAGUUUGGAAUCAGGACUCCAUUUCCAACUUCAGGUUCACUGGAGAACAACUAA